CAAAGGUUUCCAAAUAUUUCUGCAGAAGAAAUUGAUAGAAUCCACGGGAAUAUUCAUUCAGAUAACACAAUAAAGGCAACAAAAAGAUCAGUGAAGAUCUUUCAAGAUUGGAUAUCUAGCAAAGACGAUGUGAUUGAUUUGGAAAACGUAUCAAAAUCGACAUUGAAUGAAAAAUGGAAUCAGAUUUAUUUGGAGGCACGAUCAAUUGAGAGAGAACACUAUAAAUCCUCAACAUUUCAGAGAAUAAGACAUGGAAUAAAUUGUCAUCUUCAGAACAUAAGACAGGAUGACAUUGACAUUAUAUUUAUGGAAACCUUAAAUUAAAAUGCUACAAUUUGGGAG